GCUCCCCCGACUGGAACAAGCACCUCAGCCUUACUGGAUAAUUCCCUAUUGCAGGAACAGCAAGUUCACCGGCCGUCUAGAUCUCAUCGACUCGGUGAAGAGGCUUGCCCACUCUAAUAAUCACAACCGGAUUGCACUCCACGGAUUGGGCGGUUCCGGGUAUGCAUUGAUUAAUUUGGGAUAUGAAAGCUUUACUAACACUGGUCAGAAAAACCCAAAUCGCCCUCGAAUAUGUUUACCAGCGCGGGAGCGAGAGCGAUUGUCAUGUUUUCUGGGUGCAGGGAAGUGGGACAUCAGGAUUUAGUGCCGACUUCAGGGCCAUUGCGCAUUGCGUUCGCAUUAUUCUGGCCAACGGCGAGACAAACGAAGAGGAAUUACUAUCUAGUGUAAAGAGGUGGUUUGAGGGCCCAGAAAGUGGCGAUUGGAUUCUAGUGAUUGACGGCGCCGACAACGAUGAGGACUUUGUUGGCAAUAACAGUGCCAUCGCGAAGUUCGUGCCACAAGGCGUUAGAGGUACAAUAAUAUUCACAACAAGAUCUCUCCCGGUCGCAUCUCGCCAGGAGUGCGAGGUAGUAAAUGUUGGGAUGAUGGAGGAGGAGGAAGCCCAAGUGUUAUUUUCGAAACACUUUGGUAGCUGGGGCAGUUUGAGAGAUAGGGAACGAGAAGCCAUCGAGAACAUCCUAGGUUCGGUGGAUUACCUGCCGCUGGCUAUCGUGGGUUCAGCCGCUUUCAUGGUCGAGACAGAUACGCCAGCCUCUGACUACUGGAACAUUUCCCGGGAGAACGAAAAGCGAAUGGAUACGCUACUCUCGCAGAGGUUUGUCAAUAUCCGGCGAGAUGCUGAUUUGACAAAAAGCAUUUUAAACACAUACUUCAUCAUCUUCGACCGAAUUGAGGAAUAUAUGCCACCGGCGGGCAAUCUCCUGCGGCUAAUUGCCUCCCUUGAUCGUCAAAAUAUCCCCGAGCAGCUCCUGCGAGAAUCUGGAAUUGAAGGGAUGGACGAUGUGAUCGGAUUUUGUCGGACAAUGAUGAAACUGUCGGGAUUCUCAUUGGUUACAGCUCUCACACGAGAUGGCGAGAACUUCUAUGAGCUUCCCUACUUAAUCCAGCUUUCCGUACAAGCCUAUUUAUCACGAGAAGAGUUGGCGGAAUGGAGCGCUACUGCACUAAAGGUCGUUUCACGGCGGUUUCCUAGAUAUGAGCACGAGGUGCGGCAUAUUUGCGAGGCAUACCUCCCGCAUGCACUCGCCGUAACGAGAGGUAGAACGGAUGUUGGUGCUGAAGACCUUUGUUUCCGCAUGGGAGAGUACUUUCUGCAUUUGGGUUCAUACAGCAAUGCGGAAUCUCAAGUCCGUCGAUGCAUCAGACUUCGCGAGGAGAAUAAAGAUCAUGCCUGGAAUAUGGGUCAUAGGAGAUUUAUGCUCCUGGGGAGAGUGAGCGCACACCAAGGAAGGGCAAAGGAGGCAGAGAUGAUAUUUCGGAACGUACUUGAGGAUCUUGAGCGAGUGUCGGGUUUAAAUAGCCUAGACUACUUGGACUACUUAUCCUACCUGGCAAGUGUGAUGAGCGAUCUCGGAGAGCAUAGCGAGUCAGAAACGAUGCAUCGGCGUGUACUCGAGGGGCGUGAGAAUAUUCUUGGGCCAGAGCACCUAGAUACACUAACUAGUAUCAGCAACCUGACCAUUGUUCAAUACCAAGGAAAGAACAACGAAUCUGAGGGGACAAUCCGGCAUACACCGGAGGAGCGCGAGAAGACUCCUAGGCCAGCCCACCCAGAUACCCUCACAGAUGUCAACAAUCUGGCUAUUGUGCCGCGAUACAAGGGAAGGUACGGCGAAUCAGAGACGAUGGAUCGGCGUACACUCCAGCUUCCGGACCAAGUUUUCAGACCAGACCACCCAGGCACACUUGUUAGUGUCGACAACCCGACUGUUGUGCGGCGACGCCGAGUAAAGAACGAUGAAUCAGAUACGAUGGAUCGGCGUGCACACGAGCUGCCUGACCAGGCUCUCGGACCAGACCACCGAGACACUCUAGUUAGUGUUGACAACCCAGCUAUAGCAUGGCGAUCCCAAGUACAGGAUGAGGAAUCACAGGCGGUGAGGCGGCAUGCGCAGGGGGGGCCACAAAAGCCCCAGACCAGGCACUGCUCUAUUUUUUCAUGCUGCCUGGUCCUUCUUCUUUGGACCUGGGCAGCCCCCGGCGAGGGCGGUGGACUGAGAAAGUGACUCGGGAUGUGCCACCGGCAGAAGGAUGGACCAGAUGGUGCAGGAGUGGGCUAACGGUUUUCAACGCUGUGCGAGGCUCCGGGAAUCUACUAGAAACAAUAGGUGAAUGUGUGGGACUAACAGGGGUGAUGAAAGAGAGGCCGUGUCCAACUAUUGGGUAUUGUUUUCUAUGCUCAAGGGAUGUUAAUUCACGAAGGAAGUGUUGGGCAUUUUUCCCUUUUUUCUACAUUUCACCUCGUAUUGUUUCUUGUCCCUCUUUGUGCCGUAUUUUAUUAUCUCUCGCAGCGAACAUUGUCGUCCGCCCUUUUACCCCUCAAUAUCCUUGAGCCACUUUCUUGUAAUUCUUCAAAGUUGCCGGUGUGAAGAGAAAAUCUGU